UAGGGGGGAUGUACAUACAUACGCGAGCUAAAGAAUAAUCACUUUGUGACAGGAAAAUGAUUAUGCCUUAGUUCCGUGAUUUUAUCCUUCUGACGUCGUACGCCUACAAAUUUCAGUCCCGUUCUCAGGCUCAGGUGGGGGCCUGCCUCAGGGCCCUUGCAUCGGGCAUGUCUAUUCUCCUUAAAAAGAGACGUCUCACAGACUCUCUCCGACGACGCCAGAUCAGCCCUGCCUCUUUUCUCAGACAGCAUCCACCUGCUAUCAGAUCACCAUUUUCGACUGUCCAUGGCUCGGAGAGCCUUUACAAAACCUUCGCUUAAUAUCACGGGUAAAAAUGCUGCGGAGUCCGCGCAGGUUGACGAGUUCCUGUUUGGUCAAGACUUCUCCCAAACUCUCAAGGCAGCUCAAGCCUGUGAAAAAGCAGGAAGGGAAGCUGUCAAGGCAACGCAGCCCGUAGAUAAAAAGACUCUUCAGCCCGUUCGACAGCAGGCUCUACAACGUCGCAGCCAACAGGUUCCCACUGGAACUUUGGGAAACCAGAAAGUUCCUGCGAAGCUCAGGUCGGCUCGCAGCGCAGGAGCUUCAUAUCAACACAGCCGCCGACUCAAUCCAGAUCCCAGACACGACUCCAUCACUAAACAAGCACACGUCACGCUUCUACCUCACGUGCGGCCCACAGAGGUGUAGCCCUGGAUAUUAUUAAACGAGCUGCGGGAUGGUCUGGCGAAUCCCGGGUCUUUGCGAAUUUCUACAAUAAACCAAUCGUCAACCCAGAAGAUUUCACUAAUGCGGUUCUGCUCUCUUAGAGACAUAUUGUUUAUUUUUCAUAUAGCUUUGUAUACCGUGGAUUAUACUUUUGUUUUCUUAUGAGUUCAUACUGUAAGUUCAGUUUAUGUAAAGUUUAAUACAUUCAGACUCUCCUACGUACAUAGAGCUAUCUUUAUCUCCCGGCUAAUCGCUGAGAUUUGAACAGCUACAUAGUUAUUCAUCCGGACGAGACUUGGGCAUAAUUGUUAGAUUGAACGAACUUACCUGUGAAGUUCGAUCCUAAUUAUGCCCUUCGUCUCGUCCGGAUGGACUUCCCUCCACCCUUACCUACAGCUAGCGAUUAGCCCUAGAUUUAAACUUAUGAAGAAGGGCGAAUGCAUCGGCGGGGACCACUAACAGGCGCCGGAUAACAGAGCGGCGCUUUUUCGUUUUGGCGGGACUUUUAAAAUCUGUUGUCAAGGCGCGUGCAAAGGCACGACUACAUAGUUAUCCAUCCGGAGACAAAGGACAUAAUUAGGAUCGAACUUCACAGGUAAGUUCGUUCAAUCUAACAAUUUUACAAGUCACUAACUUGUUAACUAUUGCGAAAAUGGAAAAACGGUAAGGACUUUUCUGUUCAGUUUCAUGCGUUCUAUCUGUUCAUAAACAUCUCAUAAAAAA